AUAAAUAGAAAGUACCCUUUAACACAUAACCUCGUCUAUGUAUUUAGGGAAGUGAAAGAAUGUGCUUGAGUAACAGUUUCCUAGUUUCAGGAACGUCACUUAAAAGAAUGGAAGUGUGUGACUCGUGAUGUUCACAUUUGAGGCUGAAGGUCUACAAGAACAUUAUUUACUGGGAGAGCUCAACCAUAAGGAGGAUAUCUUUGCCCUCUUCAUGUUAUGGAGGUUAUUUGUGGUCUUGUUCUUUUGUUGGGAUCCAUCUCAGUGGUGAGCAGCAACUCUUGUGAUGUCUACGCUGCUGUUGGGCAAAGUGUGACUCUACCUUCUGUCCAUGAUCAACCAGGAAACUCGUAUUCACUGCAAUGGACUCACAACAAGAAGGUCGUUUUCUCAAGACAGCAAAGCAAGGUGUUGGUUGGAAAAGCAGGAGACAUCUCUGAGUAUGGAGCUCUUUUACUGAAGAACCUUCAGGCUGCUGGUGCGGGGGUUUACGAAGCAAGCACCCAGACCCCCAACGGCACUCGAACGCAUCAUCUCUGUGUGAUGGAAAAGGUGUCAAAACCUCAACUCAGUUAUGUCUGUGAAUCCAAUGCUGUUAAUCUAAAAUGUGAUGCAGCCAAACAUCAGGAUUUGGCUUUCUCAUGGACGCAAGACAAGAAAGCAAUUCCGAGUGAAACAAGACAAACACUGAGCAUAUCCCUGACUGAACUGAAGGAACAGACAAGCUUUUCUUGUAGUGUCUACAAUAAAGUCAGCAAAGAGGUCAGCCAGACUCUUAAACCAACAUGUAAAUCACCUUUGCUUUGUUUUAGAAUGCAAACCGUUGUGGCGGUGCUGGCAGGAGCUUCAGGUUUGAUUCUUCUUUUGUUCAUCACUGUUGUCGUAUUAUGCUGCUUCAGAAGACGCAGCAAAACAGAAAUGAGGUUCAGAGACAAAGAGGAAUCACGGAUGCUUUCUUUGAAAAAGCGAGAGCCGGAGGCCAUGAGCCCUGAUUACGAGACCAUGCACAGCAUACCAAACUCUCCAUCCUCCACUCCUAAGCCUUCACCGAGAGCCUGCUACCAGAAAGUCUCCCCUUCUGAUGCUCAGACUGAAAGCAGGCCUCUGCAGCUUCCCACAGCUGCUGAAGGUCAGCAGUCAUCACCGGUGCCGAAGCCAAGGACGAAGAAUGCUCAAACACUAAACAUCUGAGUGUUCUUACCACAACAGGCCUGCUGCAGAGGAAGUGAGAAUGCUCUCAGUGUGACAAAAUGCAAGAGGAAUUUAUGAAAACCACAUAAUGAAAAAGUGUGAUUUAGUAGAACUUGCAAUAUUUGGUAACAUUGACAGUACUGGUCAGUAUUGGCCCUAAGGGUGGGCUGUGUUAGUUUGUCUUUUACCCUUUUGUGUCUUUUGUAUUAAACACCUGAGUUUUCCUAUCCAUACUGAGUGUACUUUAAUCAAUUUUUAUUUUGUGCAAAGCCUAAAAAAGCCAGAGAACUCUGUCUUUGUCUGACUAUUUGUUCUAUUCACUUUAACUACGAACAAAGGAAUAUUCGCUUUUUUUGGUUUUUAAAGGAGGUUUUAUGACUUCUAAAUCUUCUUUUCAUAUUUUGCAACUUUUUUCUUACUCCUAAUUAUUUUUAAAUGAAACCAUUUUAAAUGUUGCCCAAAAGACCAAAAGCAUAUCUUUUAUGGAAUUGAUUGUGUUUAAAAUCCUUUCAUGAGUUUCUUGACACUAAGGAACACCACACAUUUAUUGGCUUGUCAAAAACCACCAGUCUUGUUGACAAGCUUUUUAAAAGAAAUAGCUGCACAUGAUUUUUCUUUGGUUCUAGCUCUCCGACACAUCUGUCAGGACAGGCAGAUGGUCCAAUUUCUUGGCCAUCUCAAAGGGUGUUCCCCAAAGUGCAGUCCUUGGUCCAGAUUUUUAUCACUAUUGAUCUAGUACAAAACAUCUUGGGUAGCAAUCUUCAGUCCGUUAUUGCUCUGGUUCUAUGCAAAAGGAUGCAUCAAAUAAGCUUUAUAAUACCCCCCUAUGGUUAAACAUUCACUCGGUGACCUAUAACCAGAUUAAAAUGGAAACAAAACAAAAGUUGACAAAUGAAGAAAGAAUCAUUGGAAGACUGUCUAUUCAUUCAUAACAAAGUUUAGAUUGCAUUUUCUAAUUGUUUUGGGCUGAAUCUGGCAUUUUAUGAUUUGUAGAGUCAACACAGUGAUGGUUUUUGUUCAGGCAGUCCCCCAGAAGUCAACAAAAUACAACAUUUAAGUACAUUUUUUUAACCUCAGUGUCAAAUCUACAAUAUUUAAAAGAAACAGCGCUUACUCAAAAACAUCUCAUAGGUGUAGAUGUUUACAGCCUUUUCCAUUCUGAGAAAUUAUUCAUUCUGACUCAUUUCUGCUUUUGUAAACAUUUAGUGACAAAAGCUGAAUUUUCUGUUCUCUCUAAAGAUACGUCCUACAAUAUUCUCUGACAACAUGUCAACCAACAUUUGAAAAGUUCAUUUGCAAAAUAUGUUUUAAACGCCAACAGUGAAGAUCACCCAACUUUAUUUUGUCAGACAUCUCCUGAAGUGAAUGGAUGAACUUGAAGUAAACUUUUUGUCAUGUGAACUCUUAGUUUGCCCAUUUUGUGUUUAGUAUAAAACAAAUCUUUAAAUUUAUCUUGCAGAAGAACAGUUAAAUACACCAAGCAACUCACUGUAAAUCUGCAGUCUCCUGCAGAAAGUUUGCUCGCUUGCAAGAAGUUAUUUAAAGAAAGAAAAAAAUCAAUAGAGAAAUGGAUUAUGUAAGACAAACAUCGGUAAUCUCCACAGGGUGAACAAUAAUCCACACAUAAAAGUGUCUUCUGAGUCAUCCUAAUGCUGUGUGACAGCCACAUAAUGGGAUCGCUCUGGGUGUCAGCACCCAAAACUGACAAACCAAUGUUAACUUUUGUGAGGGCCUGCUGAAAUGUUUUAGUCCAGCCAGCAGGGAUUUGGGAAUGAAACAGGAAUCCUGCUCCUGGAAUGAUGCUCCAAUUUUCUCAGUCUGUUUUUCUCUAGAAGUAGAAUGACAGCUUGCAGCAUCUCUGCCAUCAUCACACUGUAUCUUCACACACAGCUCACACAAACAUACAGGAUAAAAAAUGUAGUUUUACAACCGGCUGGAACACAAUGUGCAUGCCAAUGCCAAAUCUACUUGGGAAAUAGCAGGAACAAUGUUCAGAUGUGUUUAAUAUGUUAGAGUCUAAAGGAUAUAUGCUUUUGAUGUUGCUGUGUGUGUGUGUGUGUGUGUGUGUGUGUGUGUGUGUGUGUGUGUGUGUGUGUGUGUGUGUGUGUGUGUGUGUGUGUGUGU